UUCUGCCCAGCAGACUCCAGAGGGAUGGUAGCCGGGUAGCUAUUCAGGCAGCAGCUUUUGGAUUAACUUGUAAACGUGAUUUGGCAUUCGGUUGUUCUGUCCAAAUAAUGAAUUUACUACCGUCUAAUCCUCACGGCAAUGGGCUCCUUUAUGCUGGAUUUAACCAGGAUCAUGGAUGCUUUGCCUGUGGAAUGGAAAAUGGAUUUCGUGUCUACAACACAGAUCCUCUUAAGGAGAAGGAGAAACAAGAGUUCCUGGAGGGUGGGGUUGGCCACGUGGAGAUGCUGUUUAGGUGUAACUAUUUAGCACUAGUGGGAGGAGGAAAGAAACCCAAGUACCCAACCAACAAAGUGAUGAUCUGGGAUGACUUAAAGAAGAAGACAGUUAUUGAGAUUGAGUUCUCAACAGAAGUGAAAGCAGUGAAGCUUCGGCGUGACAGGAUUGUGGUGGUCCUGGACUCGAUGAUCAAAGUCUUCACCUUUACCCACAACCCCCAUCAGCUGCAUGUGUUUGAGACCUGCUACAACCCCAAAGGUCUGUGUGUGCUGUGUCCCAACAGCAACAACUCUCUGCUGGCGUUCCCCGGGACUCACUCAGGCCACGUGCAGAUAGUGGACCUGGCCAACACAGAGAAGCCCCCGGUUGACAUCCCCGCCCAUGAGGGGGCGCUGUGCUGCAUCGCUCUAAAUCUGCAGGGCACGAGAAUAGCCACUGCAUCGGAGAAAGGGACUCUCAUCAGAAUCUUCGACACAUCUGCAGGUCAGCUCAUACAGGAGCUCAGACGGGGCUCUCAGACGGCCAACAUUUACUGCAUCAAUUUCAACCAGGAUGCGUCCCUCAUCUGUGUGUCCAGCGACCACGGCACAGUGCACAUCUUCGCCGCAGAGGACCCCAAAAGGAACAAACAGUCAAGUUUGGCAUCGGCCAGCUUUCUUCCCAAAUACUUCAGCUCCAAGUGGAGCUUCUCCAAGUUCCAGGUCCCCUCAGGCUCCCCCUGUGUGUGUGCCUUCGGAACAGAGCCCAAUGCCGUCAUAGCCAUCUGUGCUGACGGCAGCUACUACAAGUUCCUGUUCAACCAGAAAGGGGAGUGUUCCAGAGAUGUGUACGCCCAGUUCCUGGAGAUGACCGAUGAGAAAAUAUGACCUUUGACCCCCUCCCCGGAGAAUCACUAUUACACAGCCUGUUUUUUUUCUGUCUUUUGCUCUCUCUCUCUCUAUUUUUUUUUUUUUUCCACAUUUUGGAGACGGCAGGAAAGUCCCUCGUCGCACUUCUUAUCUUGACAGACUCUGCGAAAGAGCGUCAGGUUAAGGGAGGACAGAGAAAGAGAAGCACAGAUUCGGGGGAAGCCCUCACAGCAAAGAUGAACGCAUGGAGGCACCAACGGGGAUGCAGACUUUUGUCUCUCACAGACUUGUGAGGAUUGUCUCUGGAGAGAGGGACGCAGAUGCCGACUUAACCCCCAAAACCAAACACUAGACAAAAGAGGGAAAGUUAUUUUUUUGAAUGGACAACAUGCCGCUUUUUAAGACGUCUUCCGAGGAAUUUCCGAAAGGAUGGCUAUUUUUAAUCACACAGAUGAUUCUGAUAGUUAGACGGAUUGAAAAUACUGAGAUUUUUGUCAACUAACACCACCUAAACUAACAAUAGGGAGUGCCUCGAGACUGGAGAGAAUCUGUAUGUGUGCACAUAUUACUGUUGUCAUAUGUAUGUGUUCGUGUAUAUACCAAUGUACCAUAUUAGGUGUUCGCAAAGCAGGAUCAGAAUGAAGCAACUUUAAGGUUCAUGGUGACAUCUGGAACAUUGGAGCAGGCUCUGAUCUUGCAUUGUGAAGCGUCACCUUAGUAUUACUAGAUUUUCUUAUAUUCACUGUAUAAACACAACACGCCAGACUGAACUUUAACUACAGUAUAUAGAACUGUACAGAGUAGUAGCAGGAAAAAAAUGAACAUGUAUUUUUGCUUCACUCUUCCUUUUUUUUUCAUACAUUGUGCAAUAUAUGUUUUCCCUGAUUGUUUUUUGUUAAGAACUUGUGAAAGUUGAGUGUGUGUUUUUUUCUAUUUGACCAAGAAAACUUAAAGAAAUAGUUUCAUUUUAUGGGAAAUGCGGUAAUUCGCUGUGUUGCCGAGAGUUAGAUGAUUAAGGUCGAUACCGCUCUCAUGUCUGUAAGAUAAAUAUGAAGCCAGAGCCAGCAGCUGGUUAGCUUAGCAUUAACACUGGAAACAGCUAGCUUGGCUCUCCAGAGGCAAUAAAAUCCAUCUAGCAGCACUUCUGAAGCUCACUAAUUAACACGUCAUAUCAUUUGGUUUUCGAGGGUAAUGUGUCGGAUUAAUUUCUGGCGGGGAUCUGUCAAGUGUUAUCGCCACCGUGAGCUUUUACACUACAGAUACAACAUGUUGAUUGGACAGAGCCAGCCUAACUCUCUCCCUGUGUUCCCAGUCUUCAUGCUAAGAUAAGCUAACCAGCUGCUAGCUUUAGCGUCAUCUUUACCACAAAGAGUAGUAUUGAUCUUCUCAUCUGACUCCCGGUAAUAAAGUUAUUAAGCGUAUUUCCCCAAAUGUCAAACUAUGUCUUUAACAGUUUGUGAAAGUUGAAUGUUUGUUGUUCAGAGCCAAACACACACGCACAGUUUCCAUCUAAAAUCACGAAAACCCAAUCAAUUUUGGAUGUGAUUUUUUUUUUUUUCCUACUCAACAACCCAGAUCAACUGUAAAAAUAUGAAUAUUUUGAACACAGUUCAAGGUUGCACUUAAUGUUGCUACAUUAUUAGCCCAAUAUGAUUAAAUCAGAAGUCUUCUUGAGGAUGAUUGGUUGCUCCAUGUACUUUUCGUCGGCCAGUGUGGCUACAGCCACAGCUGUGUGGUCACUUUUUGUUUAAAUCCUGACGACACUUGUAACUUUGAGUGCUGUUUAUGUCUUGGGUCAGCGUAACUCUGUAAUGUGCUUCACCGUGUCCCUAACAGCAUUGAUCAAUUCAGCUAAUGUAAAUCAGGGACUCUGAAGUGCUUUUAUGACGCCCGUGGCCAUAAACAGGAAAUCUGUCCAGCGUGGAUCCACCACAGUGGAACAUUUUUUCAUUUGUCGUGCUAAUCGACAGCAUUUUUUUGUCGAUCCAUUUCAAAAACACAUUUUUGUGUUGCUUACUGCAUCCGACUGUACGAUUGCAGGUGUCACUGUUGGACACGCACGGCGCUUGGCGGUCACUGACCACAGUCGGGACGCCGCACAAAGUGAAAAGCCAGUUUUGUUUCUGACACACUCAGAAUGAUUGUAAAACCUGCAUUUAAAUUUGUGAAUAAAAUGUAACAUCUGC